UUUUUUUUUUUUUCAUGUUCAGUAAUAGCAAAUAUAGUAGAGUUGCUCAAUUUGAUGAUGAAGAUGAAGGCUAUGAGGGGGAAAGUGCACUACAACAUCCCAACUCAGUGUUAGUCUCUAAUCAUCAUGGUCAUUGCAACGUUGUUCCUUUACUAUCACAAACUUUACAACUAACUACACCUCAUCACUCACCUCCGAAUUCAUCUCGACCUUCACUAACAACCGCUACAAAUGUCACUCGUCGAUUCUUUGAAACCAAACUACCUAUUGUUUUUCGUAAAGAUAUGAAUAGUUCUGCAGCUUCAUUUUCAUCACUGCCUGCUGUUAUUGUUGCAGAUCUUCAAAAUGGUGAUAUACCUAUUGGAGUUGAUAAAACAACUAUAAUAAGUGAACAAGGCUGGGCUAUUAUCGAUCGUCGAAGGUUUAAGGGCAAAAAUGGUAUAGGAGAAAGUCGACAUCCAUUCAAACAAACAAAUGUGAUAGACGAAGAAAUUGAUCCUUCUGAUCAAGUUACAUGCUCUGUUUUUGUAAAGUGGCAACCCUCUGAAGAAAGACAUGAAUAUACCAUGAUUACAUCUCCUUUAUUUAAUAAGAAAGAAACGAAUGACAUGGACCAAAAUGAAAGAGUAAAAUCAAUCAAAAAAAAAAUAAAUAAAUAAAU